AAGUUUCAUUUCUUCUGGAAUAGUCGACCUUUCCUCUCCGCCAAAUUUGCUUUUGUACACAGGCUGGCGUCUGCUUUACAGCAUACAUAGCGUGCGGAUAGAAUGCCCAAGAAAAAGGGCAAAAAGGCGGAUCCGGAGAAAAAAGCGGCGUUGCAGGCGAAAAAGGAAGCCAAGGCCGACAAGAAAGCGACCAAGCGCCUGCACAAGGACGGCAGUCUCGAUCCCGCCACCGUCGGUAGUGUGGACGAUGUGGAUUCGUUGCUGGAGCAGUACCAGCAACAGGAUGUGGCCGGCACCGUCGAAUCGCGUAACAGCCAAGCACUCGCCAUGGAAGGCUUUCCCGCGGCACGGGCCAACGCUUCCUGGACGCUUUACGAGGAUACCAAAAAGAGUCACGCGGAAGCGUACCUCUUUGGCGGGGAAUACUACGACGGCGUCGAAAAUAUAGUCCUCGAUCAUCUUUACAAGAUUGAUUUGACCCGUAACGAGUGGAAGCAGAUCGUGCCGGCGGGGCCAGCCCCACCGCCGCGCUGUGCCCACUCGGCUGCCUACGCCAAUCACCAUAUUUACGUCUUUGGGGGAGAACUCGCCAGCGCCGAUCAGUAUCAUCACUACCGAGACUUGUGGAAGUACAGCAUUAAGGAUAGUCAGUGGGCCGAAUUGAAGCCGUCCAAAGCGGUAGGGAGUCAUCCGACGGCAAGGUCUGGACAUCAGGCCGUCACGUGGAAACAUUUUAUGAUACUCUUUGGGGGCUUUUACGAAGCGCUCCGAGAUACCCCGCGAUGGUACAAUGAUGUAUACGUCUUUAAUCUACAAACGGAAUCGUGGAUGGAUGUCCCGCAUUCCAAAUUAACCGCACGACCGGAGCCCCGGUCGGCUUGCAACGCCGCUGUAAUUGGGGAUCAAAUGAUUGUGCACGGUGGAUUCUCUAAAUUGUCCAAGAAGGAGGAAACGUCAGAAACCAAAACUCAUUCCGACGCUUGGGUCUUGCAGCUCAAGCCCCUCUUGACCGGCCAGCCUCCGAUUUGGGAACGGCUUCUGUCCAGUACCCAACGCGGCCUGGUCGCGGCCAAGAAUCCCAACAAUCGGGCGGGGACGGCUUCGGUUGCUUACAAAUCCCGAUUGCUCGCGUACGGGGGAGUGGUCGACCAAGAAUCGCACAAUCACAAGAUUCAGUCCAUCUUUUACAACGACCUCUUUGCCCUGGAUGUAGCCCGCCGCAAGUGGUUUCCGGUACACGUCAAGAAGAUGCCCAGUAACGGCACUGGCAGUAAGCGCCGACGCCGGAAAGAGGACUCCACUCCGGAACAAUCAGAACUUCCGGAAUCGAAGGAAACAUUCGGCGACGAUAUCGAAGAGUCUGAGAAUGAUAGUGACUUGGAAGAAGACGAACAUGAUGACGACAACGGUGAAACUCACGCUUGGGACUUGGACAAGCUGCGUUCAAACAUUAAAGCAAAAACUUCUCCCCUUGAACGAAAAGUCAUUGCAUCUUCGUCCGUAAUGGUAGUCGAUCCGGAAACGAAGAUUCCCGAGGCGGUUGCCCGCACCGAACCCUUGCCGCGUAUCAAUGCUUCUUUAUUGGUAAGCGGUCAUACAUUAUUCGUGUACGGGGGUCUACUUGAAGUAGGCGAUAGAGAAGUCACCUUGGACGAUCUUUGGUCGUUUGAUUUGCGCAAGCGUGAAAAGUGGGAAUGUCACUGGCCAGGGACCAUGCACAAGCAAGUAUGGCGGGGUGCUAUUCAUGAUGAUGAUGACAGUUACUACAGUUCGACUGCUGCUGCGUUGGACGAUGAUGAAGAAGAAAGAGAAAGCGAUUUGAGCGAUGACGAAAGGCUAGAAGAGAAAGGCACAACAAGGAAGCCAAAAAAGAAAAGUUCUGGGCUGCGGCAAGAAAUCGCCGAGCUCAACGAAAAAUAUCAUCUAGGUGACGGAAAUCGGACUCCGCAACCGGGUGAAGCUUUGUCAGACUUUUACGCGCGGACCUCCGACUAUUGGAAUCAACAAGCGGCCGAUCGGAUGCCGGGGACAACAAGUGGUGUCGUCAAAAACCCGUCGGAGAGACUGUCCAACAAAGAACUCAAGCGCGAAGGCUUCGGCCUCGCCAACGCACGGUUUGUGGAGUUGGAACCAGUCAUUGAGCGCCUCCAUGAGUUAGACUUGGAAAGAGAAGAGCGCAAAGGGCUCAAAAAGGAAAAGAAGGACAAAUCCAAAAAGAAAGACCGGCGGCAUUAG